AUGCUCUUCCUGGGCAUGGCCAAUGCGUACGUCAUGCGCACCAACAUGUCUGUCGCCAUCGUCGCCAUGGUGAACCACACGGCGCUGCAAGGCCUUCACCAUGUCGGCAACACGUCACAGGUGAGUGCUUCCAGGUCUGCAACCGAGCGAAGAGAGGCAGGCGUAACUAAGGACGGGAAGUACCUCUGGGACUCGGUGCAGCAGGGCUACCUGCUCAGCGGGUUCUUCUACGGCUACGUGCUCACGCAGAUACCGUUCGGCAUCGCGGCCAAGAAGUACGGCUCGCGCUACUUCCUGGGAGUCGGCAUGCUCGUCAACUCCGUGUUCAGCCUGCUGGUGCCCAUCUCGGCCGAGUGGGGGUACGGCUGGCUGGUCGUCAUCAGGUUCAUCCAGGGCCUCGGCGAGGGUCCAAUCGUGCCUUGUACCCACGCAUUACUGGCCAAGUGGAUCCCACCAAACGAAAGAAGCAGAAUGGGGGCAUUUGUCUAUGCAGGAGCGCAGUUCGGCACGAUCGUCUCCAUGCCGCUGAGCGGGCUGCUGUCGGAGUACGGCUUCUCCGGCGGCUGGCCGUCCAUAUUCUACGUGUUCGGGACCGUGGGCGUGGUCUGGGUGGUCGCCUACAUGUUCACCGUGUACGAGAGCCCCGAGGACCACCCGAGGAUCUCCGCCGAGGAGCGGCACUACAUCGUCAGCAGCGUCUGGGGCGCGGCCGGAGUGUCGACACCACGUGUUCCAUGGAUGUCCAUCUUGAAGUCCGUGCCUUUCUGGGCUAUCUUGAUAGCUCACAUGGGGCAGAACUACGGCUACGAGACCUUGAUGACUGAGCUGCCAACCUUCAUGAAGCAAAUUCUUCACUUCGACAUCAAAGAGAAUGGGACUCUGUCGGCACUACCGUACCUGGCCAUGUGGCUGUUCUCUAUGGUAGCCAGUGUUCUUGCUGAUUGGAUGAUAACCAGCGAGAAGUUUACACACACCCAGGCCAGGAAGAUAAUAAAUUCAAUAGGCCAGUACGGGCCGGCGGUGUGCCUCAUCGCAGCCUCCUACUCCACGCACAACGCGCACUUGACCGUCGCCCUGCUGACGGUCGGCGUUGGGCUCAACGGCGGCAUCUUCUCCGGCUUCAAGAUCAACCACCUGGACAUCUCCCCGCGCUUCGCCGGCAUCCUCAUGAGCUUCACCAACUGCCUGGCGAACGCCGCCGGCCUGCUGGCGCCAGUCACCGCCGGCUACAUCAUUCACGACCGGCCGACGGCCGCCGCGUGGAGGGAGGUGUUCCUGAUCGCGUCAGGGGUGUACAUCGUGUGCGCCACCACGUACGUGAUCUGCGGCUCGGGUGUGCGGCAGCACUGGGACGACCCGUCGACGGACGAUCAGCCGUCGAAGAAGGACGUCGAGAAGGGAAGGUCGUCGGUCAUCUCCUACUAUAGGCCGAGCACGUAGCGCGGUCUCCUUCGGACUGACGUAAUCCGCCGCGACGUGAUGAUCGCACUCGAUGACGGCUUGGUAGAGCUCGUUACUGACUGCUCUUUCAGAAAAAAAGUCACAACUUCCUGGCUACCGAUCGGGAUUCCGGACUCCCAGCACACAACCAAACAUCGACGAAGCAGCGGAGGCGAGAGUGUCGUUGGACAAUGAUCUGCGUUCCUUUAUGCCUUAAUGACUGGAAACAUUUGCGGGUUCAUUGAUCUCCGGGAAGGACUCCACAAUCCCCUGAAUGCACGGGUAAACGUUACUUGCACAUUGGCUGUUCACUUGUGAGGCGUCUCAACUUGGUAACAUUUGAUUCGAUACUUAUUUGAUUGAGGGUCUCUAAUUGGCCCCAGCGUCCUCUAUAUUAACAGUGAACCAAUAGCAGAAGCAGCAAAAAUGUUUACAUAUUUAUAUUUUUAAUUUUAGUAUAUUCCGAAAUUGAUCCGCGAAUUUUUCCGGUCUCUGAUUAUGGCUUUUUGAUAUUGUGAGAUGGGAACAUUAAGAUGCUAUCUUGGUUUUAAGAGUUUUUAGGCCAUAGCAAUUUUUUAUCGGCUAAUUUAUCAAAAUUUGGCUUCGUAAAAAGGAAUCCCUGAAGUUACUAUUGUAACUUAUUGAGUCAUUGACGUGUGUAUUUAAAUUUAGGGAAUUGUUAAAAUAAUGUAAGUAGACACUGCGAUAAUGUUUUAAAUAAUCUAUUUUAGUGUCAUCUCUGCCCUAAACGAAGGAGAAUUUUUAAUAGUCAUGACUAACAAAUUGUUAUUGAAUUAAAAUAGCUGAAACCAAUAAAGCAUAUUUCGGUUCCUUCAUCUUCCCUAGAUAGAAAUAUAACGGCGUGAAUCAAGCUUGAAUUAAGCUUGCCAUGGUAGGUGUGCUAUCUUGAAUCAAGCUUUAUUGUAGCUAACUAGUUUACACAUGACAAUCUUGCAGCAAGCCUGCCACGACAUGUUUACAAGCUUCCCGAAGUGGUUCAUGGUUCAAAGAAGGCUUGCACAGGAAGCCUAAUUCAAGUAUGUGCCAAUUUUGCCGCAAAUUUACAUGCUAUGCGGGUUCCGGUAUCGUUCAACCUGGAAUAUACUCGGUACAGACCUCAGUUUAAACCAGCAAGACUUAUAAUCAUUUAAUAGCCGCCACUGACUGUGUUGCGAGACGAGCUGAGAUACUGCCACAGAUAGGUGUUCGACAAGAAUUGUAAAAUUUAAAUUAUUCUUUAGUAACAGACCUGACCUCUUUUAAAUUAUUCAUUCGCUGAGUUAUGGCUAUGUUUAGGUUUUUAAGACAAAACAAGAAGGAACAUGCUUUGCAAUGUGGUGAACAUUGUUACAGACGAAAAAGUAUAGAAAUAAUGCAAUAGGUUUGCUUUGCUCAAAGUUGUUUUCUGUUUUUGAAACUAGGAACAUAGGAGCUUAUGACAUUUUGGCAUUAUGCCAAUGAAAAAUGUGUGUUUACAUUUUCAGCUAAAGCAAUGUUUUCUCUUUGCAACGAUCAGUGUUGCUAUUUUAUGAAAGUAAAAUUGUCUUAUUUUUUUUAACAUAUACUGUUCAUUCUCACCGUAUGGCUUGAAGCUAAAGUACCCAGGCUCCAUUAGUUUUUUUGCUUGUUGCCAGCUGUUUUGUUUAACAGUGGUUUAAUCAGGUAGACAAAAUAAAUUGUUAAAAAAUAUCUUUGUUUUAAGCUAAGAUAUUUAAUGAAUUUUUCAACAAAUUCGUACCUUUUGAAAUGUAAUACUCUUUACUCUUAAUAUACUAUAAUUAAUUGACCAUGA